AAUCCACACCCUCCCUCAGUUUGUCGAGUCGCCAAGUACCGUUGGUUGAUUCUUGAUUGGAGUGUACAAAAGUGUACAACAUAUUUGAAAACUACCACUUAUACACGUUAAAACUUUUUUCACGUUUUUUCCAAAUCCCUUGUUUUUCAAGACCCACACCGUUAUGGACCCCAGCGCCCCUCCGAAGGAUUGGACGAAGGAAAAGUCUUCCAUGGGCCAGGCGGCCCCUCCGCCCUACCAUGAUAAUCCGUACCCAGGAUACCCUCAGCCUGGCCCGGGUUACCCUCAGCCUGCGGCGGGAUAUCCUCAUCCCGGGUCCGGUUACCCUGUUCAAUCGCAGGACUCUACCUAUCCGCCACCAUAUGGCGGUGCUGGGUACGGACAGCAACACUACACGCCGGGUCAGCAGUACCCACCCCAGCCUGCCACGGUCACUGUCCAGCCCACGGUGUUUGUCACCCAAGGUCCGUUGGCUAACCCUGUCAACGACUACCUGUGCUACUCCAUCUUCACCAUGUUGUGCUGCUGCCUGCCCCUUGGAAUUGCCGCCCUCAUCUACUCUAUUAAUGCCCGAGAAGCCAACCACAGUGGGGACCAGCUGGCGGCUGAGCGGAACAGCCGGACUGCCAGAACCCUGAACCACGUGGGCCUGGGACUCGGCAUCGGCGCCAUCAUCCUCAUGAUCGUCUACCUUGUGGUUGUGGUGUCUCUGGUGUCUUAAUCCUGCCUAAAAUCAUCUUCCACAUAUUUAGCCAUAAUCAUAUUCUCUCCAUAACAUUAAAGUCACCUGAUUGGCUGUUAGGUUAAAGAAGCAAGAAGGGCAGCAGAUGUGGAAAAGUUAUCCAAAUACCGUAUUUUCUGGACUAUAAGUCGCUCGGGAUAAAUAAUAAUAAUAAUAAUAAUAAUAAUAAUAAUAAUAAUAAUAAUAAUAAUAAUAAUAAUAAUAAUAAUAAUAAUAAUAAUAAUAAUAAUAAUAAUAAUAAUAAUAAUAAUAAUAAAUAAACAUGAACAGAAAAGGUGUCCAGUGUUUAUGUAACAUAAACAGAUUUUUCAUUUAUAAGUCGCUCUGGAGUAUAAGUCGCAGGAACAGCCAACCUAUGACAAAAAGUGCAACUUAUAGUCCUGAAAAUACAAUAUUUCUCCAAAUGUUCCUAUUAUUUCGCUUUUGCUUUUCUGGUUUUUGGUCCUCGUCAGUGCAAUUGACUCUUUGGCGGAAGCAGCUUAAAAGUAACCAGGAAGAAAGAAAGAGGAGAUGCUUAACUAGAUUGCAUGGACGUCCAUUAAAGGCCAGUCACACAGCCUUCCUGUCCGCUACGCAUGUUAACAUAACGGGGCAAAUUUUGAGCCCGGUCCCCUCAGGGCGUGAAGACUUAUUGUCCUUAGUGUCCUACACGCCAAGUCGAUAACAGUUAGUCUAGUACUCUAGUGUCCAUCUUCCAUCUUCCAUCUUCCAUACAUCCUGCACUCAGUGCACCAAUUGUCGGUUACAAAUUGAUUUCCUGCUUCUUCAUUGUCUCCCAUUUUUCACCGGAAACAUGGAACCUACCAAAAGAAGCAUGGAGCUCCCGUCUUUCUACCUUAUUCCGUUCUUUAGUAAUCAGCAGUAAAACAUGGGUAAGUUUCAGGAAAAUCUCAGUUCCUGACUAAAAAAAGGGACUUUCACUUUGACAUAAUUUCUUUGUUUUUAUGACAGUAUAUUUCAAAAACUAUACCACAACAUUAACAACACAAAAAAUAGUUGUUUUAAGAUCACAAUAACAAUUUAUUAAUAAAUAUAAACCCGGGAAUUAUUUACAGUUUUCACAUUGGGAACUCAACUGUGUAACGCGUAACCUCAUGCAUGCUCCUCCAUGUUCUUGCACUUCCAUUUCCAGUUUGUGUGCGUGCGUACCGGACUAAACCGGUGUGUACCGGAGUUCCAUUUCGAAAGGGGCGUGGCAUAUUUUCGGUACUGCCAAUCCAGUUUGGAGGUCGGUCCUCAAACGCUUGUUCCAGAAUGCGCCAUGACCAUAAACAAACAUUUAUUUUCACUUUUGAUUCAGCCCUUAGUGGAGGUGCGAUGCUUUAAAGUGGUCGUGGGUCUUUCCAGAUUCAUAUUUCAUCAUCCUUGUUAAUUUCAUUGUAUUGUUGUCUUGCGUUAUGAGAAGAUGAUGACACCUGAGGCACAUAAACAAAUAGUAUAUACUCCGAUUCGCUGUAGCUUCCUUACACUUUGCCUUUUCAAUGUGUUCUAUGGCAGUAUUCCCACAUGAGAAAAAAAAAAAACACACAACAUUUAGAUAUAUUUUUAGCUUAUAUGUCGCUCUCAUAGAUGGAUAAACAUAAGUACAGGUUUUGUAGUAAAUAAAUAAUUUUUAGACCAACUGAGAAAAUCGGAUGCUUUCCCACGGCUCAUCUAUCAUGACGAAAAUGUUGACUAAAACUUUGAAAUGUAUACGUUUUUUUUCCAACUAACUAAAUCAGGUUCAGCAUCUCCGUGUAUCUCAUGUUUUAGUUGACUGUAUGUAAGCAAUCAUUGUUUUUUUUUUUAUAGUGCAGCCAAAUCUGCUGUUUAUUCUUGCAGAAUAUCUUCUUAUUCUCUUAUCCAAAGCUGAAAAAAGCCACGUCUUUACUGUGUUACUAAUUUCUUUAUAUACGUAAAUAAAGUUUUAAAUAUUUUGAAAAGAAAA